AUGGAAUCAGGAGAAGAGUACAUGGAAGGAGAUAUACAGAUAAUGGAAAAAGAUCCAUUCUAUAUCUGGGGUAAAUGGUCACAAAAUAUUACAGCUCCUCUGAUUAUGGAGUUUGACACUCCUGGCAAAAUUAAAAAAUUGGCACUAGGCGUUUCGUUUGCAGUCAUGAUUGAUGUACAAGGACAUGUUUGGUCCUGGGGCUACAAUGUUGAAGGCUGCUUAGGCCUUGGCAUAGACAGGAAGCAAGCAAAAAUUCCUGAGAGAAUUCAGAUACAAGUUCCAGAUGAUGUCGUGUUUGAGGAUGUUGUAAUCGGAGAUAAUCAUGUAAUUGCAAUGGCAAGUAACGGCUUUGUGUUUACUUGGGGCAGCAAUAAGAAUUUUCAAUGCGGCCAAGGCCAUGAGAAAAAUCAGCCAAAUUUUUGAAGUCCAGAACAAGUUGAGUUCCCUAAUGGCGUUUUUGCUAGUCAAAUUUUUGCCAGUGGAAAUUCAUCUUAUAUCAUUACUGAAAGUUUUGGUGUUUAUUCAUGGGGUCAAAAUGAUGUUGGACAACUAGGUCUUUCUUCCUUGGUAGAUGUAGAUCAUCCUAAACAAGUAGAAACAUUUAAAAAUAAGCCUGUCGAAACUUUGAUAUUUAGAGGCAGCCAAGUCUUAGCAAUCCCAAAGCUUCCUGAAGAAGAUUCAGAGUUAAACAGCUCUCAAGAGAUUGAUUCUCAAGAAUUAGCAGAAAUAAAAAAGCAAGAAGAGGAAGAUGCAAAAUUAGGUGGAGGCACCUCAGCAGCUGUAAUCAAUCAGAUUGCAUCACAAGAUGUCUCUAAAAUGUCAAAAUCAUCCAAAGCAAGGUCUGUAGCAAAAUCUGUAGCAAAAAGUACAAGAUCUAAGUUUUCAAGGGCUACUUCUAAAAGAGGAAGAGCAGACGACGCUCUUGCUUUAAAUCUAAAACCUGUACUAACAGAACUUUACAAAGUGCAUAGCCGUCUAAAAGAGAUUGACUCAACUGUUGAUGAAGUUCAAGAAAACUACGAAGCGAAGGGUAAAAAGCGCAUAGGGUGGUUUGAAUUAAUUAUGCAGGAACUGAAUGCAGCAAGAGAGCAAGCUUUUGUAUUUUUUUCCACACUUUACAGUCCUGAUGACGACAAAGAAGUCGAAAAAUUCAAAAAAAUGCUUGCAGACCUGAUGCAGGAUUCCAUAUAGAAUUUUUCCCAUAGAUGGCGCUGUUUGCCCUUGAUUUGCCCAUUAGGAAAAUUUUUUGGUUUGACCAAACCAUAUGGUACUGGUCGAACCAAAAAAUUUUCCCAGUGGGCAAAUCAAGGGGCAAACAGCGCCAUCUAUGGGAAAAUUCUAUAUCUCUUAGAUCAAUACAAAUUACAUCACUUGCAAUGAACCGCUAUAAGAAAAAGCUUGAGGUACAGAACUAUGUAAAUUUAGCUGACUUCAUUGAAGGAAUCAGCAAAAUAAAACCUCCAGAAGAGCAAUUAAGAUAUGCAAGCCUUUACCAUUGUAAAAAAAUCACGUCAAAAAUUAUGGAAAAGAGAGGCCAAUUCAGUGAUCUUUCCAUGGGGAUGUCACAUUUUUCGGCUUAUACGUUGAAGUUUGUGCUUGAUUCUUUAUAUUGCCAAGCUCAGUUGUGAACAGCAUUCAGCAAUAUGGUAGCUGAAGUUACAAAAAUUGAGAGGACGCUUGAGAAAAAAGAAGUUUACAACAAAAUGGUCGAAACAUUAUGAAGAAUUUAUCAAAAAAUACAAACUUCAUCACUUGAUAAAGUAAUUACAAAUGGACAAAUGCCGAAAACUGAGAAAAAUUUAAAUGAGUAUUUAAUUGAUAUAGUCACGAAAUCUGAACGAAGGAUAGAGAGAGGAGAAUUGGAUCUCGAUAGAUUUAAAACCAAAGGGCAAAAAAAAUUCGAUGAUGUAAUGAAAAAAAUGUUUGAGCUCAUGGUUGAAAAUGUUGAGUUAAGGAAGCUCCUGAAUGUGGCUCAUCGAAGGAUGCUUGGAGUUGAGGAAUAA